UUGUUGACUGUUGAGUGAAGUGACAAGGACAAGUGACAGUCUUUUUUUACGAUGUUGGCGAUGGCAACACUGUAUACGUUAACUUCAGAAAACUUAAAGCCAAAUUAUUGAAUUUCCAAAGAUUUAAGUGUUUUCUUUAGUCAUUAUUAUUUAAUCAGUCUCCAGUGUUAAAAAUAAUUUAUCAUCAAGUAUUAAAAAAAAUUGUGUUGAAUGUUUUGACGUUUUGAGGUUAUAAUAAUAGAAAUGUCAUAGCAAAGAAGGUCAUACCUACUUUAUUAUCAAUUAUUAGAAAAAUGAUUAUAGUGCGUUUUUUUAAAUACUUACCUACUUAUCGCACGUAAAUUCUAGAUAUGAAAUUUUGAAACAGUUUACAGACUUCAUCAUUAAAGAUAUUAAAUGGAUCUACCAGAACUUCAAGAUGUACCUGAUGGCGACAAAGAUUUGCAAGCUCAAAUACACGGAUUGUUGGAAGAAAAGAAACAAAUUCAAGAGGAAUUUAACAUCCAAAGGGCUAAGCUGAAAGACUUGUUCCUUUUAAAAGAAGCUGAAUUGGCUAGGAAAAUUGAGGAAAAUGAAAAACUUAGUGGAGAAUUAGCUAAAUUAAAAAAUGAGUUAGAUGAUUGUAAAAGCCAAUUAGUUGUUGAUAGUAUGACUCUGGAGUCUACUUUUGAAGUGGAAAAGAGAAAGGCUGACGAAGAAAUAGCUUCUUUACAAAGAUUAGUACAUGAAACUGUAGAAGAAUCGAGUUCAACUAGAUCUUUGUAUGAUACGGAAUUGAAAAAGUUAGAUAAUUAUAUACAACAGCUUCAAAAAGAAAUUAGUGAUUUAAAACGGGAGAAGAAAGAAGAGUCACCACAUCACAUAUCACAGGAGCACAGCAGUUUAGCGCCUAGUCAAGUUUUGAACGUUCUAACCAAAGGUUUAAAGAAAUUAGGAGCCGAUUCGUUUUCGUCACAAGAAAGCGUUGAAGAUCCUUCAAGAAAGACUGAAGAAGACGCAGAAGUGUUAAGGUCAUUAGUGGAACCACUGAAUGACCAAAUUAAAGCCCUAAAGGAAAAGCUUAGAGCUACCGAUGAACAGCUACAAAGGUGCAAAGCGUGCAGUCAUCGCCAGGACGACGUACCCAGUAGCGGUUCGUCACCGCAUCACGCAAACUUGAGCGCCACUGCGGCCACAAACACAUCGUUCGAGUCUCACAGGCUCUUCAUCUGUGAUAUGUGUAGUAAUUAUGAAGCACAGCUAGUGAGAGAACAAAAACUAUGUAAAGAAUUGGAAGCUAAGGUGGUUUCAGCCGAAAAGGCGGCAGAAAGACACAAGGAGGAAUUGCUGAAAGAAAUUGGGUUCAGGAAAGACAUGGAGGAGAAGUGGAACGAGAAAAAGGAGGAGCACAAAAGACAGGUAGCUGAAUUAACAAGGACUACGGAAUGCACCGAACAAGAUUUGAUGGAACUGAAGCAGUUUUUUAAUCAAACUUGUUCGGAAAUGAAGAUGAGUUUAGGGAAAUUGACGCACGAAAGGGAAACUGUGCAUCAAGAGCUUGUCAAAUUGCAGCAAGAAAAUGACAUGUUAGUAGGUAAAUAUACGGCACAUUCUCAAGAACUACAAAGCGAAAAAAUCGAUUUGCCUAAUACCGUCGAGGAGCUUCAAGAGCUUAUCCUGAAGAUCCAACAGGAUUUAAUAAUAACGAAAAUCGGCAAAGAAGCGAAAGAGAAGAACGUGAAUACACUCCAAUCGGAAAUUAUGCUGUUAAAAGAUAGAAUAACGAACGAUCAACAUGAAAGAAAAGGAUUGGAAGAUAAUUUGGAAGUUGAAAUAAGAUCACUUAGGAAACAGAUAGAUCAAUUACAGAAAGAGAAGAAGCAAAUCUCUUCCAGCCAAGAGAAGUUGGCAAAUUCGGAAAUUCAAAAUCAAGAAAAAUUGAAGGAACAGACUAAUAAAAUUAACGAAUUAACUGAAGCAAUAAAAACGUUAGAAAGACAAAACAACGAGUUAAUAAAUCGAGUGACUUCUUUACAACAAGAACUGGAUAACACGGAAACCGUUCAGCAAGAUUUCGUUAGAUUAUCACAAAGUUUACAGAUACAAUUAGAAAAAAUUAGAGAAUCGGACAACGAAGUGCGAUGGCAGCACGACGAAGACGUGGACGAGUGCCCUAACUGUCACACCGGAUUCUCGUCGUCCAAGCGAAAGCAGCACUGCAAGCACUGCGGGCAGAUUUUCUGCCAGAACUGCCUCGCUCGGACCGUUUUGUCGGGACCGCACAGUCGGCCUUCGAAAGUCUGCGACGUGUGUCACACGCUAUUAGACAAAUCGUCGGCGCCGUAUUUCAGCGAAGCUCCGCCCAUGACUUGAACUCGCACGCCGCGCUUGUAAUUAUCGUGUCAGAAAGUAUAGAUGUGAUGUUGAUGUAUUUAAAUUUUAAGCUUGUAUAAAGUUAUUGUAUCUAUUUGAAAUUGAAGCAUUAAACCGUUUUAAAUAUCC